AUGGAGUUGUCCUGGCGAUAUCGACCUUUGAGAAGACGUUUUCUACCUGGAAAUGUAUUCUUUGAAAAUGGAGAUAUUGAAUGUGGUUACAUGACAAAGCAAAUAGCCACGGAGGAGGCAGGAAUGGACGAACCAAUCAGCGAGCUUGAUUAUGAAUUCGAAGAUCAUGAACAAGAAGAAUUGAUUGUCUGUGGAGCUGGCGGAUGUGACAGUGUUUUUGAAGAUACAUUAUCUUAUGAAUCCCACUACAACUCAUGCCACAGAAAUGUUUGCAGUGUCUGCAAUUGUUCGUUUCCUUCUUCUCGAACUCUUGAUUGUCACUUGGAAGAGAAGCACGAUGUUCUCUUUAGUCUGAUGGCAACAAGCUCAAUGCCAUAUCAAUGUGUAGUGUCAGGAUGCUCAGAAAGAUUUGCAUCUCCAUCUGAUCGAAGAGAUCAUUUGAUUGCGGUUCAUCAGUAUCCACAUGAUUUUGUGUUUAUUGACAAAUUAGAAAAGAAAGAAAAACGAGAAGCAAUGGAGACAGACGAAACUGGCAGAGAGAACACACCUGUGGUUAGAGUACCUCAUGUUGUGUCUUUUGGACGUGGAGCUAAGAUGUGGAGAAGUCACAGGCAAAGGAAUAAAGGAAAGACGGGAGGCAGCGACUUUGAGAGGAAGCAAGAGGGAACAGCAAGCCCAUUUUUUAAGACCUGAUAGCUGUAGAUUGUUACAUCUACAUGUCAGGAUGUCAUAGACUAAAGAACACCAAACACAUUGACCGAACAUUGACAUUUGAGUUUAUAUUGCAGAGUGACAUCUAUCAAAUAGAUGAGAGGUUUGUAUGAAAGAGUAUUGAUGUAAUAUUACAACAUUAU